AUGCUAAUUUUGUAUGAGGCAGCACACUUCGCUAUUCAUGGCGAAGAUAUUCUGGAUGAAGCCCUCGCUUUUACAGCCACUCAGCUUAAGUCAAUGGCAUCUCGUGUAAGCCCUCACCUUGCAGAAGAAAUAAAUCAUACUUUGAAAUUUCCUAUCCGUAAGAGCGUACCAAGGUGGCGGAAAACUUUAGGCUUUACUAAAAAGCUUCCUUACAUUAGAGACAGAAUGGUGGAGGAAUAUUUUUGGAUCUUGGGAAUGUUCUUUGAGCCAAAAUAUGCAUAUGGCAUAAGGAAAUUGACAGAAGUUUUCUCUAUGCAAAUCCUCAUAGAUGAUACAUACGAUUCCUACGGUACACUUGAAGAACCCACACUCUUUACAGAAGCAAUUAGAAGAUGGGACAUUGGCGCCAUAGAUACACUUCCAGUAUUAGAGCAAUCUAACAUUAGUCCAUCUCAUGCAAAUGCAGCAGCUCGUGGCAUCCUCAAAGACGUUGAUAUGCAACCACAUUCUAUAUCAGAUGGACACACUUCAUAUGAUAAUUGGGUGUCUUUAAACACUUGUCCUGUCAUUUGGUGUGACAAUGUGAGUGCUGGAGCUUUGGCAUCAAACCCAGUUUUUCACGCAAGAACAAAACAUAUUGAGAUUGAUACUCACUACAUACGUGAUCAAGCUCUUGCAAAAAAGGUUAUUGUGCAAUAUGUUCCCACCAAGCUUCAAAUUGCUGAUAUUCUGACAAAAGCACUUUCCAUUAGUCAGUUUCAGGUUUUGAAACACAAACUUUGUGUUGUUGAGAUCCCACAUUCAGAGGUUAAAGUUGACAGUAGUCCAGGAUCAUCUUAA